GUCAAAAAUGGUUCCAUUCGUUUGCUCAGUCUCAUUCAUAAAAAUUUGUGUACAAAGUCGUAGACCACAGUGAAAAAUAAUGUUGGUGAAAAAACAGCAUUUUUAAAAACAAAUUUUGAUACGGAAUCGCAUUCGCCUAAUCAAAGCACCGCCCUCGGGCCGGGAAACGAUGGACAGGUGUCGAACAUGCAUGUCGGAAGACAGUGUCCAACUCAUCCCGGUCUACUCCAAGCUGGACGAUUGUUUCAUUGCGAACAUCAUCAUGGAGUACACCUUCAUCCAGAUUCGCGAAAACGACGGACUCCCGAUGCAUAUCUGCUACAGAUGCACGGAAACCCUGAAGCUCGUAGAUCAUUUCAUAAAGACGGCUCGCAGCUGCGAUCGCCAGCUGCGUAUGUUGUGCAAAUCGGAAGUCGACCAGACGGUUGCUUUGGACCACGUGGUAUCCAGUCCAGCAAAACAUGACCCCGACGCUUUUCAAUUUGCGGAAGUAAAAAUCGAACCAGGGGAGGAAAUUCUAUCCGAAUAUCUGGUCUCCGAACAGGAAGAGCUUAACUCUGACGAAGACACACGGUAUGCCGGUCAUGUUAGCGAAAGCGAAAUAUCCGCCGGUUCCAGUGACGAUGAUAGUAGAAGCGACGACAGUGAGACUGAUAGCGAAUGGAAUAGGAGUGAUGAGGAACUGGAUCCAAUGCAAGUAUCCGAUAGUAAAGUAACGAAAACGAAACGAGGAAGACGAGCAAAACCGAAACCGGAAAAUACAGAUGAUAAACCACUGCUCAAUAAACGAAGAUCCAAAAAGGGUGAGGAUUUUUCUUUGAAUGAAUACGAGCGGGAAUUGUAUACUGAAAUCCGAGUUGAUAGAAGCAAACACAUUUGUUGUGGUUGUCUACUGAUAUUUGACGUGCCCGAAGAUUUAGAAGCACACCGUCGGAAGACUCAUACUCCAAAACGAGACACUGUAAAAGUGAUUGACAAUGGAAAAGUACUUUGUGAUGGAUGCCUGCGGAAAUACAAGUCAACGCGGAGGGUCAACUAUCACAAAGAACGCGUGCGUCAGUUGGAAAUGAUUUGGGAAUGCAAUAAGUGCAAAAAUCGUUUUUCCGAGGCAACCAGGCGACGUUCGCACGCGUUGAAGCAUCCUCAACGAGUGAAUUCCUCUGCCUUCGUAGCACCCAUCAAAGAGAUGGUGCAGCUAGAGCUCGGUUGGAUUUGCUGUGCACAGUCCUGCGGUUUAUCAUUCCCCACUGAAGCUGAGCUCAUUGGUCAUGCACAUAAAGCUCAUCAAAUCAACAAGCAGGAAGCGGAACUGGAGGAAAAUCAAGAUAAACCGGUACAGUGUCAGGUUUGCUUCCGCCGUUUCCAUGACAAGACUGGACUUAUCAAUCACCAACAACGGCUCUAUCGGUUACACAAAUACCAGUGUGCACUGUGUGGACUGCAAUUUAACAGUGGUGGACGAUUGAAUGAACACGAACUGACCCACCAGAACGAAAAGCCCUUCAAAUGUGAACUUUGUGACAAAAUGUUCACGCAGAAGGGCAAUCUCAAGACUCACAUGUCUAUUCACACCAACGAGAAACCUUUUCAGUGUACUGUUUGUGGAAUGUCGUUCCGCCAGAAGGGUGGUUUAAAGACUCACAUGUCAAACCACGUGGAAAACCCUCAGUUCAAGUGUGAAGUAUGCUCGAAACUGUUCAAAGCAAAACUGCAUCUGCGAUACCACAUGCGGAUUCACAGUGGUGAAAAGCCUUUCCCCUGUCGAUAUUGCGAAAAAGCUUUCACUGAUUUCACUAAUCGAAUGAGGCACGAAAUGGGCCAUACUGGAAUAAAGCCAUACAAAUGUUCAUUCUGUGAAAAAUCCUUCAUCAGAAAGCGCUUCUUGAUGGAGCAUGAAAGCACUCAUACAGGCGUUAAAAUGUACAACUGUGAUGUUUGUCUGCAAAGCUUUGGGCAGAAAAAUUCCCUCAAAAAACACAUGUCUACAGCGCACCCCACCUUCACAACCUUGCCGCAACCGUCCACAGAGUCAAUGGCGAUACUCUCACCGACAGGCUCCAGUUCUAUGUCUAUACCUCCCCAGACACAUCCGAUUCCGCUGACCAAUCAUCUCAUCGUUGGCUAUCAUCAUUCCCACUAACAGCAAGGACGUUUGUUGUUCAGCGAUUUCCCACGUAGUGACUGUUGUCACACGUAUGAUUGUGCGCUUUAAAAUACAUGCAAUAUCAUUAUGCGUAAU